GCAAUAUGCCAACGAGAAUCAUAGAGAAAUCAUUACUUGCUAUUAUCACACUUUUUAGUGUAAUAGCUUGAUAACAUUCGGUAUUUCGAACUGUACAAUCUUUCAUUUAAAAAUAAAUGAUCUCUCUUAUAACUAUACGUGUAAAAUAAUCAGAUAUUUAGAAGUAUUCAGCUUUCCAAAACAUUCAUCCUUCAUAAGAUUACAGACUAUUUAAAUUAUCGCCUAUAUUCCUGUGAUGUCUUACAUUACAUUUCACAAACGUUGUUUCUUUUAAAUAAUUUCCUUUGUGCAAUCGAUAUGUUAUCAACAGUCGGCAUGAAUAAAUUCGCAAUUUAACAUAAAACUAACGCUUGACAUCAAACGAUACGGGAAGUUCAUUGCAAUAUUUUUAGCAUGAGUUAUCAAAUAUUCAAUCCUUAACACGAACAAUACAUAUCCUUUAUAUCGUUGCAGACUUUGAUUAGAUUUAUCUUUCAUUGUUUUCUUUGAAAACGAUCUUUUGCGCGCACUCGAUCUGUUAUCAAGCAUUCUUUUAUUUUCGCUAUACGCUGUUUCAUUUAUUUCCGCCUAACAUUUGAAACAUUCCUUAUAUAAGGGAAAGUUUUUAAUCGGAAUGUAUUGCGCAGAUUGAACCGUUCAUGCGGUACAAAACAGAUAUUGAGCGGAGGACAAAAGUUAUAAUAUUCAGAUCAGCCCCCACUGGAAUGUGGUAGUUGCAAUUUACUAAAUUUCUUAUUCUUCAUAAUUCAUUAUAUUUUUACAGUUGAUCAGUAUUUCAGUCUUUGAAGACCAUAAUAAAUUUAGCAUACUAUUUAACUUAAAAUUCGAUUUCAUGUUAGCUUAGACGUCCAUACCACUUGUAUUAUUAAAUAGACUGAGCUCAGUCAUUUUAAUACUUAGAUGAGAUCUUUAGCCAAUGUUCAUAAUUAUAUUCAAGGGCUUCUGUUGCUCGUUGUCCAUUAUGUGUUUACUAGUAUAUUUUAGGCUAACUUUGACUUUUCGUUUUGCACGAGUUUUCUCUAACUUUACUCAAAACAAAUAAUACAACUUUCAAUUUAUUAUUCGUGAAGUAUUAGAUUAUUUUACUUGUAUACGUGGAUUAUGGAUGUGUGUAUGAAGUGUUUUUACGGUAAUAUUUGAAAUGUUUUGAUUACUUGUAUUGUUUGCUACGUACCACAAUUAUUUUACUUUUGUUCUUUGGUUUCAAUUUAAUUUAUCAUUUCGAAUCGGCCUAUUUUUUCAGGUGGCAUCACGAACAUUCAUACACGUAAAUGUAGAUAAUAAAUUAAAAUUUCUAAGUUAUUAACUCCUGACCACAUUAACACAUUCCACUUCCUUCCACUUAUUUACUGCGCACGAUUGAUUAUGAAUUUUAAAUUGUCUUGUAUUGUGUGAUUAAUAUUUUAAAGAUAGUGAAUUUGUUUUAGAUCUUCAUUUUCCGAUAUGCAAACGCACCUAAAACCGCUGUAAUUUGAAAUUAAAGUCGUGGGACAUUGCAUUCAGUUUCUCCGGUAAUACUGAUUAAAUGAAAUAUAACAGGCAUACUUUACAUGACAAAUACGUAAUACGUCAUUCAAAUUUUAAGUUAAAAUGCAUACUGGGUGACAAAGACUACCAGAAGUCGAUCGCAACUUUUCCGCUAAAGUUGUCUGACAAUCUGUUACUUCUGUACAUGGUUAAAGAUUACUUUAGUUUAUCUCCAAUAACCCUGUGGCGUCAUUUUACCCGCGUUGUUUACUUUAAAUACUGCUUUUCUGUUAGCGCGAUAUGUUAUCAUGUAUUUCAUUGUUACAUCUUUCUUCUUUUCGCUAUCCAACUGUCUUAUAUAUUUUAUAUUUGAAAAGACAUAGCUGUAUUAAACCUUCUACAUUUACGAAUUUCAUAUUAGUCAGGCAAUGCAGGUUAGAGCCAUUAAUAAUGACAUCCACGUCUAAACCUAAAUGAAUAUAGGUUUUUGCAAUUUGCUUGUUACCUUGUACGUCACUCUGUAGUAUCUUUUAUCGCUGUGUAAUACUACAUAUAUAUUGGUUAGGCCUUUGAUGUUACAUAGCUUUUGUAUAAAUCAAUUAUAUAUAAAUUUAAUUUUCUUCUAUGUUUUCUUUUACGUAUGUGCGACUGUAGUUGGCUGCUAUAUUAAAAACUAUUUAUUAAAAUAAAAAUAUUUAAUAUCAGUCUAUAUUACCUUAUAUUCAAUGAUUACACAAAUUUUCCGCAAAAAUGUCGCUAAGAAAUAACUUCAAACAGCAUGUCCAGGUAGAGGUUGUUACAAACAAAGACUAUUGUACAUUGAGUAAAUACAAUAAAUUGUUAUUAUGGGGCUUGUAUCUUUCUCAAAAUACUAAUUUAAAUGAUUUAAGGUGGACUUGAUAGGUUUAGUUUCAUCAUUUUCGGAUCCCCAAUCUUAUACUUAACCUAUACAACCUAUACAUAAUUUUUAAUCUGUAUGAUUUUGCAAAGCGGAUUUUCAUGACACAAUGAUUUAGGAAUAAAUGAGGAUUGAUUGAUCUAUCAAUCUUUUAUUCAAACUACAUUUUCAUUUUGCAAUUCCAUGUGUAUGUAGACCAGAACAUAAUGGAAUGUAGGCUUGGGUGCAAUUAAAUUGAACUUAGUUAAAAUUCAAACUUUUAUCUGGUUUUCUCGUACGUUCUUGCGAUCGAAGUUAGCAAGGUUUUAAAACGGCGUAUUCAUGAUUUCAGUUUGCCAUUUUCAUUGUUAAGUUAACUUAUUUCAAUGUUACUGGAGUUUUUGAAAAUUUCUCUUUGUCCACAGACGUUUUACAUAUAUUUCAAUAGGCAAUGCACUUGUAUUGAUAAAUAGCGAAAAAUGUUUUAUUUCAUUUUAUCUUAAUUCAUUGUGUCAUGGAAAUCUGCUUAAGUACUCAAAUCGGAGCAUCACAGAUAUUUUCGUAAUUAGCAUCGUUUGUGCCUCGUCGGUUCAGGAAUCUUUCUGAAGGGCAUAUUACAUCUUACCGGCACCUUAAAAAUGCUUAUAUAUAUAGCGUUACUCAUUUACACUCAUUAUCAAAACAUUUCAUUUCACAGAAUCAUAUCUUAAUUGAUAUCAGUAAAUCUAUUGAGCUAUUCAAUCUAAUAUUCAAACUUCAACUUUACGUUUCAUAUCGUUAUAUAUUUAUAACUGAUAAUACAGCACCGAGAUCAAGUUAGUCACCAUCUCAGUGCAUUCAUUCACGUUUUUUCUACAUUGGAAGAUCAGCUACGAUUUAAGGUAUUGUGCAUAAUGGUCGGACGCAAACGCGCUAGACGUUCAUGUUCAUACUGCAAAGCCACUGAUCACAACGUGAGAACAUGUGGCGUGAAAGCAUUGGUUGAGGUCGAUGGUGAAAGGAAAUUGCUUCAAUGGUUGGCAACUUCCAAUGAAGGCAAUUCUACCGAACCGACUUACGAGAACGUAGUGGAAAGGACUUUCACGGAACACGACUCGACACGACAAGCAGGGAUUCGUUAUCAGGUUUUUGGACCAACAGUUCGGGAUUUGUUACCGACAACCGCUGCUUCGCCUCGCACUGACGGACUUCGCGAUGGUUCCUUCCAAAAUCCAGGUGGUAUGGUAUGGCUUCAAAAGGUCUGUCAUUUAAACAAUUUUCAUUUAGUAGACAAUGCUGGGGGUGGCGACUGCGCCUACAUUUCAAUUCUAGAUGGUAUACGAGCCCUGGGCUUACCUAACAAACCGGAUAAUAUUGAGCAAUUUAGGUACAUUGUAGCAGAUGAACUAAGUAGUCGUCCAAAUAUUUAUAGAGAUUUAUUAGAAACCGAUUCUGAUCAUCGCGAUUCGGAAUUUAAUACCUUUGUUUCUUUAACACGAAGUACUCGUGAGUGGGCCCAAACAUGUUGUUUUUAUGCAAUAGCUGCCUUGUUUCCCAUAACAAUUCGUUUAUGGGACGACAGGACAAAACAUUUUGGUUCAUUCGGUACUUUUCCACAAGUGGUUAAUAUAGGAUAUUUAUCUGAUGGCCUUCAUUACGUAGCUCUUCUCCCGUCUUUAAGCUCGGCUGACAAUUUAAGUGCUAAUGAUUUAAAAACUUGUCGUUUAGGCAAUGAACAGUCGAUUCCAAGAAGAAAUAUCAGUGCCAGUGCCCUUCCACCAGAAGAAAGCGGAAGCAUUCAGCGUCGAAUUCAAAACAUGCUAGAAGAUGAAAAUUGCUAUGAUCAUUUUGUGCAUCUUCCUCGAUCACCUCCACAUGGAUUUUAUGAGGCUAUCGCCGAUUCGUUGAAAUGCGCUUCGUUUCGAUAUACCGUCAAAUCAUUGCGCCGUCGAUGUUGGAUGGAACUUUCAAAGAAUGUUCGCAAGUAUCAGCGUGAAUAUGAAGGGAAUUCCGAUGCGAUGGACUACGGUGAAAUGCUACGCGGGACACUAACCGAUGCUCCGCCCUCAUCUCUACAUUUCAAAGCAGCAGCUGCUGGCCUAUCAAGUUGCAUUCACAUAUUUGACGUGAACGAGGGUACAAGACUUUGUUAUGGAAAAGAUAACAAAACAUUUUCUAUAAGGAUAGCUAAAGCCGAUGUGAUGUUUUGGGCUGUUUUACCCAGAAACGUUUCAUUCAUGAACUACUCUACAGCAGACGCACAUGUACCAUCAGAAGCUCAAUCGGUUGAGCAAGCAGAUGCCUAUGUACCACUAACUUUCUCUUUUCAAAUGCCAUCAACAAGCCAAACAUCAAAGCGAACGGAAAGGCCAGACAAACCGGAGUAUCCUUUGAAACUUCAAGGGGUCAUAAAUGCAACUAGAACAUGUGCCAAUUGCUGCCGAAACAAUACUACGAAAUAUAAUAUUUUUUUGCGUUCCACGUCACAGCAACUCAGAAGAAAAAAAUACGGAUAUAUUUCGCGAGGUAUUGCACCUUCGCCACAGGUAUUGCUGUGCGAGCUUUGUUGUAAGUAUUUAACUUCUACUUUUAAUACAACUAAACAAUCAUGGUUUUGUUCUUGGCCCAGUGCGCUUUGGUCCUUUUUGUCAAUGACCGAUGUCAAUGUUUCAAAUAUAGUUUGGUCAGUGUUGCCAACUUCAAUUAGAGAAAUGUGGCGUUGCAUGAAUUUAAACAACACUGAAUGUCGGUUUAUGGACCGUACUCAUGAUAUUAAUAAAAUUAAUUCUCUUGUAGCAACUUAUGACAUAGGGUUUAUUACGGAAGCUUUCAAUGCUUUUCCAGUUGCUGAUGUAAUAUGUCCUCUAGGUUGCUGGGAAUUUGUAGAAAAUUGCGAUUUCAUUCCAUUCUUGCAUUAUUUAGAACAUAUCACGGACCUCAAAUUGUCAGGAAGUGAUCCAGACGCAUUUAGAGGGGCACGUCCCGAUUGGCCGCCUUCACCAACAAAAUAUUUGGACAGAUAUGUUUGCGCAGCUGGAAUUUCAGUAUCAGAUCAGCAUGGACUUUGCAUCUUAUGGUGCAAAGAUAAGCACGAUUCGUUGAAGCGCCCAACACUUCAUCCACCAACCAAUCCCGUUCUUCGUCCUAAUGCAGAUCAAGGCUGCGAUUUCUUAGCUCCGUGCACACUCAUUCCUCAUUUGAAACGCCUAGGUAAAAUUAAGCAGUGGAAUUCAUCGGGACACGUACUAGACGUGCGCGGUGGUCACUUUGGAAUGUCAUCGUGCUCAUUAAAUCCUAACCCAUCCAAAAUGUCGAUAUCUCGUGACCAACACAUGGUUAAUUCUCUCAUAGUAGGACAACGUAAUGAUAUUAGAAAAAGACUUUUUAGAGAUCAUGCUAGAAGCCGGGAUGCGGAAUCGUACCUUCUUACAUAUGAUGUAGAUCGUCGUGAACGAGCGGGUGUUUAUGACGAAGAACUAAUUCAGAAACAUUUGACUUCGGGCACGUACGUGUCGGAAGUUGAUGCUUACUACAUGUGGCGGGCAAAAAGAGCACAGCAAGUACAAACUUCUCAACAAUCGGGUGAUGACUUUAUUGAUACUACUAAGAUGUUUAUAGUUAUUGUACAUCCCGCCGACUCUUUCGGCUGCAAACCUUUUCAAUGCCAACUCGGAACUGAUUUUAGUGUAAACGCAAAUUAUUCUAAUAACGAGAACAACAGAAACUCGUGGUCACCUGCUGGAUUAAUCUCUUUCGUGCUCAUUCAUUGCAGGCAAUUAUAUAACUCAGCGUUGAUGCAAGCAGUUGAGCAAAAAGAUCAAUAUGCAGCUGCUAUUUUAUCCACUGUUGCUUUCAUUGAAAAGUUUCAGAAUCGUUCUAAAUUUUGUAUGACGAAGAUUGUUUUUCAGAAAAGUUUCGAAAAUACACUUCGCCCACAGCAACAACGAGACGGAUAUUCAGAAGCACAUAUUGUGGCAAAUAUUCUGUCAACACUUGUUUGCCUAUGCGUCACAUCCAUUACAGACGACUUCGACUGUCCACUUGGUUUACAACUAAAGGAUGAAGAAAUUCUGUUAAUUGUCAGGCCUCCCUUUUCAAGGAAGCGGUGUACUUCCCCUCCCCAUUACUUCAUGGGCAGGCACCUUAUCAUGUUAUUAUCUUCCAAACAUGGUCACGCUUUCAGAUGGGAUCACACAAUGCGUUGGUGGUUAGUUGUCAAGAAACUGGUGCGUCAGUGUCACAUUCUACCACAUCUUCCUUCGUGGCAACUAGCAAUAUACGGUGCAACUACAGAUGCAGUUGACGGUGAACGUCUUUCAAGAUCACUAGAUGGUCAACAACUUCUCAAGUGUGGAAAUGUUUCGCAUCAUGACUUUCUCGUUAAGGAGUCUCGUUACACACUUAAGCAAUGCUUCAAACGGACUUGUACCAAUAAAGCUGUUUGGGGUUGUCACUGGAGCUAUUUAGGAACGCAGUGCAAUGUCGGGAUAUGUCGGAGCCAUUUCAUGUCUGAGAUUCGAAACGGUGAGGUUGUUGAAAUACAAUGUGAGGAUGAGGCGACCAGUAUAGUAAGUAUGGAUGAAGGUAAUGUGAGUGAUUCUAAUAUUAUUAACAUCGCAUCUGAAGAUUCUGAUGAUUUUGUUAGUGAUGAUGAUAAUGAUGCAAGUCGUUCAUUGUUACACCAGUCUAACUUCGACUUUCUUGAUGAUGAAGUCAUGUCCGAUCCUUUACAUACAAUUUCAACUAAUGUACCUACCUUUAAUGUAGAUAGCAACUAUUUUCCCUUGCAUCUUUUAUUAAAUGACACUUUUCAAGUUUUGAAAAGAAGCGUUCGCCGCAGAAAAAAUGCAAGGUCUCAAAACUUACUUCAUCACUUUGCCAGUAACACUGACUCUACUAUGGUGUCUCUACUCUUCCCUGAGGCACAAAUUCUUCCAACAACUUUUUGGGCAAUGAAAAGAAAUUCCCCCAUUGGCGCUAUGCACCAAGCCCAUUUCUGUCAUUCGGGAUCUUCCGGAACAAUUAGGGCCUUGCGGUCCAAAAAUGACAUGAUUGGUAUUCGAAUACGCGACCAUAACUUGCCAACGAGUCAGCAACAUUCAAACCUGCAUUUCUAUUUUGAUCUUAAACUUAAUGAUAAAUUGAACAAAAAUUCAUCUGCACUUGUUUUCAGGCGAGGACUUGAACAUAUAGCCGAAAAUGAAUCUCUCCAUUGUUUAGUACAAGACAGUCCUCUUCCAUAUGACGAAUCCGACACCAAUGUCAAAAUUCGUGAAUUGACAGCGCUUACUACGAAAUACCCAUGGAAAUACUGGAUGACAAUGACAUGCAACGAAGUGAGGACACCUGGUAUCAUGAUGAUUAUUAAGAGCAUUAAGGCAAUAAGCCAGUUUUCAUCUGAUUAUAAAAGAAUUUACAAUGCCAAUAUGGGUAUGAUUAAUAGAAUGUGGCUUCGUUUUGUUAACGUUUUUCUUCAGUAUCUCGUUUACAGCCCAGAUCAGCCUGCAGGACCAAUACAUCAUAUGUUCGCCCGCUUAGAAUUUCAGUCGACUGGAUCACCUGGCAACAAAGCACACGUCCACAUCGGUGCUGCUUUAUUUGACGAAGAUGAGAAAACAACUUUAAGUCGGAUUUCCUGCAAUCCUGAGACAGUGUUCAAUGAUGAAAGCUUCGGGGUCACACGUCAUCAACUCAUGAGGAAAGGAAUCGUUAAAAAUUCUUCCGACUUCGAUGACCUCAAAAAGUUGUAUUUCAAAAUGUCCACGCAUGAUUGUUCGAGGGCCGGAGAACGCUGCAUGAAGCGUAAGAACGAGAAAGGAGAGGUAGUAUGUAGAGUACCUAGACACCCAACAAGUUCUCAGUUCUUUUUUCAGGAAAAACAUAAUCUCUAUUGUACCGACAUGAUGGAGCGUAUGCGUCGCAUCGGAUUUGCCGACAACACCAAUUGUCGACAACUUGACGGGUCUAUUUCAAGCAAAUUGACUAUGAUUGAUCCGAGGCUACGAGGCGGCAGAUACCACUACCCAACUAGAAGCCCACCGACCUAUCUGCCGACCAUACCGUUAUUGCAAUGCGCGCUGGGAUCUAGUUUUAACUGCACUGCCUGUGAUCGUCGAUUCGCAACCUCAUAUUUGAUCAAGUAUCACGUAGGUAAAGAGAGUCACAGCGGAAGUAAGUAUUUAAAAGGACAUGAGAAAGGUAAUGUAAAAAUUAAUGAUGGUGGUUUGAAACACGUUAAAAUUUCUGGCCAACAACUACUAGACGAUAACAUUAAAAAUAGGGAUAGUGUAAGAGGUUUAGCAGUUACUGAGAUUGGGUAUUACGAGAUGAAUACUUUUAUUAAUGAUGCUAGUUACACAACAUCAACCGCUAAUUUCAUACAUGUCAAUACGAACCCUCCAGAGUAUCGCGUUUGGCGAGUAAAAUCAAAGAAAGGUGACGCACAUCAGUUUAAUUAUGGAAUAACUGGUGGUCGUUCACCAUUCAUCGACUGCAGACUUGUCGAAACCGUUCCUCAUUGGCGGCGUUUCACUGCUAACCAACAGCUACAUGCUAGAGAAUAUGCCGAAUCUCAGUUAUCGUACUCUAAUACUGAAAAGUUUAAUAUUCGCCCUCCCGAAUUGUUGUCAGUCAAUAAAUUGCUUGCUUAUCAUGAAAUAUUUGUUUACACGGGUAAUCGAGCAACUUCUAAUCUCCAAAUAUCUUUAGAUCCAUUGACCGACAGACUUCUCGAUGCGUGUGGAUACGAAGUGAAGAUAAGAAGAUCUGGGCUCGUCAAAUUAAGACACUUCUUGCAAGAUAAUUUCUUCAAUUCGUCAAGUUACUCAAACCAUAUGAUGUCCAGUCGAAACUUCCUCGCUGACCUGGUUCAACGUCUUUCUUCAAAAAUGGAUGUAAACACCCUACGGUUAUCAAACAUUUUCGUUCACGACAAAGACAGCAAGGAAACGGUUGCUGUAAGCUCCUAUGUUCAUCCGAAUAGAAAAAUCAAUUUCCUCUAUCAUUUGGUGCUGACACUCGGUCAUUAUGAGACGGAAUUUGAUUUGUUUCAUCACACCAAUUCUUUUCGUGACGUCUUCAUACGCGCUAGACUUCUUUCAAAAAAGCCGGAAUACAACCAGGACGACGCAGAUAUCAUUUUCAAGUUAUAUAUGGACACAGAAGCUCUUCAUCUUCCGAUUACAAGACGAAAACUCGAAAGAUUUACGAAAAUAGCGGACGACCUUAUAACCCAAAUUGUUUGUGGUUCAGACGAAAUUGGUUCAACGACUCCUCCUAUUUCUGAAUUGGCAAUAAGACAUACUGCUGAAGAAGACAUCGCGAUUAUAGAGAAUGUUAGAAGGUUAAAUUUGAUCGAUACACUACGCAACGCCUUAGUUAACGCCGGAAUAACAAGUCUGCCAACAGCUGAAGACGUCUUCAGAGCAAAUUUAGCGGAACCUCUAUAUCAUUGGAUUCCGUUAUUUUCCGAAUGCGCAACAACGUCAUUAAUACCGAGAUCAGAUCAUCAGACGGACGAGAGUUACUUCGAACAAGUUACGACUUUUGAAUUGGCAUUAAAUGCAUUAAAAGCCUUCAUGCAUCCACAACGUAGCACAUCAUGCUGCAGAUUUCCGUGUAUUGUUGGACCCCCUGGAGCAGGCAAAACUUUUUUGAUUCAACUUCUCGCUUUCGUGUCACUUAGUCUGGGAUAUCGAGUAUCACUUCUUUCUUUGACUUCCGAAAGAGCGAGAUCCUUAGGUGGAAUCCACAUCCAUCAAGUUUUUCCUUUGCCUGUUACGGAAAAGUACAACAAGUCUCCUGAUAAAUCAUACUGUCAUAUGAUGCAAAGCCUAAGUAAAUCUGGGAAGAAAAUGGUUUUGUUGCAACGCACAGACAUUUUCAUAUUUGAAGAGAUUGGACUUAUUUCUGCCGAGAUAUACGCAAUGAUGGAUCGCUGUAUGAAGGAAAUCAUGUCCUCUGACGAGUCGUUCGGUCAUAAGUUUGUCAUUGCUAACGGAGACCCGUGUCAACUACCACCUCCUCGGGGCUCCCCGUUUUGGACAUCGAUUCACUUCAUGGCUUCUUUCAAGGCAAUGUCCUUGAAACAUUUUGUAAGAUCAGCUAGCGACAAAACGCUUCAAAGAGUUAUAACAUUGCUCCGUCAACCAUCCCUACAACAAGAGCAUGUUCGAGAUAUUGUCACAAUUCUUAGUAAUUCUUGCAAUUUUGUGGACAACUGGGAUCGUGUUCCUGAAGAAUCAAUGCGAAUUGUAUCGACUCGUAAAGCGGAACAAAUGGUCAUUGAAGACUUCUUGACAAGUAAGCGUAAUGACCCUAAUGUCACAUUGCGAAAAUUUGUUGCUAUCGACGAGGUUCAUGACGGCUCGACUUGGGGACCAGCAACUCCAAUGCAGAGCAAUCAAAUAACUAGACAAGUUUUGGAGCCAAAGGAAAUUUCUUUAUUCAAGGGUUCUGUCCUCAGAUUGACCUAUAACAACAAUUCUGGAAAUCCAAAUUUUUCACAGGGACAACUCUGUGUUGUUCAAAACUUUAUUCACUCUGACGAACGUCUAACCGAAAUCACAGUGCGAGUUAAACUUGUGCCACCAGGAGAACGCUGUUUGUCUACUAUCAAUUCAAAUUGGAAAGAUUUUAUUUUGAGGACCAGGUAUACCGCUGAUGUGUUACUGAGCGGUCGGACACACGCGAGAAGACUUCAGCUGCCCGUUCGAUAUUACAAGGCCAAUACAAUCCAUCGGGUCAUGGGCGAAACGUGUCGUCUAGUCGCCACAGAAAUCAAUAAUCAGGAUCGAAGUAAGCGUCAUCUACGUCUUUGGGAAAAGUCGCAGCUUCUCGUACUUAUAUCUAGAGUGCCGACUUUAUCUUCCCUAUAUUUUGUGGGCGAUCGUUCCGAAACAAUAGACACUCUUGGAGGAAUAUUGCAAAUCGACGACUACUGGACUUCGCACAUAUCAGAAAGAUUAGUCGUAAAUAUAAAUAGACAAUCUCGUUUUAUAUCCAAUUCCGAUUAUCCCUAUUCCUUCUGCGCAAAAGAAAUUCCGGUGUUCAAGUCCGGAGUUGUGUAUCUUCUUAUUUCUCUCCCAUUCCCAAAUGUGUCAUAUUUAGGACAGACGGGCCGUAACAUCAAACGUAGAAUUGCAGAACAUAACGCAGGUAACGGCACAACUUUCACCAGCCAAGUACACUACAUGCCGUGGACUCCGCUUGCUAUCAUUUACGGAUUUUCGGACAAUAUUUCUGCAAUCGAAGCCUCGAAUCAGCGCAGACACGUUGAAAGGACAAUACGUUCUCAUCUUCACUUAAAUUUCACGCCCGAAGCAGUUAUGUCUGUUAUUGUAAACUUGUUAUCGGGAAAUAUCACCCUUGCGGAUAGGAUGGAAUAUUACGGAGACCUCAUUGUUGAAAGAUUGGGAAGACUUCGAGUACAUGACAAUAACGGAUUUGUUGCAACUGAAGACACCGAAUCAUGAAGAUGUUUACUUAUGAUGUUUGUUUAAAAUUUGAAAAAUAAUGAAAGUGUUUUGCACACUUCCAGCUAUUUUAUUAUAGCUACUAUAAGCUACAUGGCUAUAUAAAAUUUUUU